AUGCAGGACCCCGACUUCGAACAGCUUGCCAACGCUGGACUGUCUGUCUUUGACCUCAACUCCGAGUACCUGGCCCGGAACGACUGGUCCAAGACUCCCCUUGGCCUGUCGCCGGAAUGGCCGCAGUCUCUCACCUCCUACGUCAAUCUCAUCAAGGCCUUGCCGCAUCCCGCUGCCGUCUUCUGGGGCUCACACCUCUCGCUAGUCCACAAUUUUGCCUGGGGCGCCGCCACGAGCUAUCACGAUGGACAGGGCCAGCCCGCCGCAGAUUACUAUCGAGGGGAAGCCCGCAGCGCCCUCCAGUCAGCAGUCACUGGCCGCACGGUCAGGAUAGCUGGAGACCUUUUCUCCCCGAAGACUCCUGGUGAAUCCUUUGGCGCAUCCAUGGUCAUCUGCCCUCUGCUUGAUGACAGAGGUCAUCGACAAGGCGCAUUUGCCCAGUCACUCGACAGCCCGUCUUCACAGCGCUCGCUUGACAAUGAGCUCCUGGGUCACGGCUCCGAUCCCGAGUCCCUGGGUGACAGACAUAGUCCUCAAGACAACGACUUCCUCGACAAGCCUCAGAAGGACCAGGAUGAGAUUCUCAGCAAAGCCCUACCGCCUGGGCCCCUUGAUCAACAUGGCGGCUUAGCUGAUGCGGUCUCGAGGCAUGGCCACAUAGACCUAAAGCAAAGCCAGCUCUUCCAGCGGUUUUCCGAGCUACUACCCACUGGACUUGCCAUACUGAACCAUAAUGCUGAGGCUGUCUUCGUCAACGACCAAUUCUUCAGCCUAACAACGAAGAAAUCGUCCCGCGAGUUUCGCUCUUGGCCCGAGAGCAUCGAUCCCCGCGACUAUGAGCGGGUCAUGUCAGAGUAUCGUGAAGCGUUCAGGGAACGGAGGGACGUCAAGGUCGAUUUUAGGUGUGUGUCUGGCGAUGAAGGCGAAAGGAACGACCCAGAUCAGCCGGAGAACGAUGAAUGGCGCAUGUUUUUGCUCAGGCCCCUGAACUCUACACGAAACUCUGGGUACAUAUGUGCCGUCGUGGACAUCACUGAACUCAAGACCGCCGAGCUGGCGCAGGAGCGUACCGCGAUCGACGCCAAGGACCGCAAGCAGCAGCAAGAGCGCUUUAUCGACAUGGUCUCCCACGAGAUCAGGAACCCUCUCAGUGCCGUGUUGCAUCUUGCUGAGGAAAUCAAAGAAACGAGCAAGGCCAUGGAGGGGUGUGGGCCUCGUCCUGAGCAGGUCGCAGAGAUAAUCGAUGCAGCGGAAACUAUCUUGGUCUGCGUGUCACAUCAGAGUGUUCUUGUUGAUGACAUCUUGAACUUCUCAAAGUUGGACAGCGCCAUGAUGUCUCUUGCUCCCAGCGUGUCACAGCCAAAAUGGAUUCUCUCUAAGCAGCUCAAGGUAUUCCAAGCCGAGCUGAAGAACAACCGCAUCGGAUUCGAGUACGCUCUGGAUGUUACAUUUGGUGAGAACGAGGUCGACUGGGUUGUUGCAGAUCUCACACGUAUCAAGCAGGUGCUUGUGAAUCUCAUGACCAACGCCAUCAAGUUCACUUCGAAAACGAACGGCGAGAGGAAGAUAACAGUGGCGGUAGGCGCAUCUAUUGAUAGGCCAAAGUCGUACCCACCAGACGUGGUCUUCUUCAAUGAUUACAAGGAAGAUCGAGACCAGACUCGGUCCCCAGAAUGGGGCGACGGUCCGGCAUUGUACCUAAUGAUCGCGGUCAAGGACACAGGGAUUGGCAUCUCGGCGCAAGACCAAGCGAGGCUGUUCGAGCGCUUCCGGCAGGCGACGCCGAAGACAUCUGAGAAAUAUGGAGGUUCCGGCUUGGGCCUUUCAAUAUCGAGGAAAUUAUGCCAACUACAUGGCGGAGACAUAGGCGUAGGCUCCCACGAGGGACAGGGGUCCACAUUCGGCUUCUAUUUCAGGGUUCGCCGCGCGUCGCCACCGGCCGAUGAAAGCCCCGUUGAUUCAGGCAGGAGCACGCCCGUGAGGCAGAUAUCUUCAGAAGACAUGGUGUCGCGGCCGCGUCUGCCAAGCCGCCCACAAUCACAUAGAACGGCAAUUGAGAGCAUCGACAAAUCCGUCAAGGAUGAGGUCUCGGACAGGGAAAGAGAUGGCGGUUCAAUGAGUCGCAAGAUUUCAGACAAGCCAGGCCUCGAGCGAGAAAGAGACACAAACCCUACGUUAAUCAAACCGGUCGAGCGCGUUGCUUCCGUUUUCCAUGGCCCAGCAGGGGAGGAAGCGAAUUCCAGGCCCCAGGGUGCUGCGAACACAGUCAGGCAGCCGAACCAAAAAGAACUUACCCAGCGGGGAAGAGUGAGCUCAAAGACGGGCGGAACUCCCAGCACCUCAGACGACAAGAAAGAGGAGAAGUCGCGGGAUAAAGAACAAAUGGAGAGGACUUUGCUUCUUGUCGAGGAUAAUCUGAUCAACCAGAAGGUGCUCAAGAGGCAAUUGCAAAACCAUGGAUUUCAAGUCAUCACCGCCAAUAAUGGACAGGAAGCCGUCGACGCCGUCGUAGACCGGGCCAAAAUAAAUACCGGCAUGACUUCCGGUGCUCAACCACAAGUGGACAGUGGCCGUUUCUCGUGCAUUUUGAUGGACCAAGAGAUGCCAAUCAAGGACGGCAACACCGCAGCCCGGGAGAUAAAGGAUUUACAAGCCAAGGGCGAAGUUGGCAGGUCGCCCAUCCUGGGCGUGAGUGCAAAUGUGAGGGACGAGCAGACAAAGGUCAUGAAAGAGGCCGGCAUGGAUGAGGUAAUCAGCAAACCAUUCAAGGUCAAAGACCUUGUCAAGAGAAUCAAUGCCCUGGCACAGACAUUUGAGGGGGAAAAGACGUAA